ACUUGGCUACACGUUACAACGGCCACCGCCACUCGCGUCACGUAUCGAGAUCCAUUGAGGGGCAAAAAUGGGUGUCAACCAGUCGACGAGGAGCGAGCCUACUCCAGGAGAAGAAGUGAACUUCGAUCACUUUCAAAUUCUACGCGCCAUUGGAAAAGGAAGUUUCGGAAAGGUGUGCAUAGUGCAGAAGCGGGACCGUGCCGGGAACAUGUACGCGAUGAAGUACGUCCACAAGGGCGAGUGUGCCGUAAGAGGGGCGUUGAAGAACGUGGCGCGUGAAGUGGAGAUCCUCUCGCAGCUGGAACACCCGUGUUUGGUGAAUCUGUGGUUCAGCUUCCAAGACGAGGAGGAUCUAUUCAUGGUUUCUGACCUGCUGCUCGGCGGCGAUCUCAGGUACCACAUUCAACAGGAAGUAAUGUUCACGGAGGAGAGUGUGAUACUGUUCGUGGCGGAGAUUGCUCUGGCUCUCGAUUAUUUGCAGAGUCACAAAAUCGUUCAUCGUGACAUAAAGCCCGACAACAUCCUGUUGGACGAGGAAGGACACGCGCACGUGACGGAUUUCAACAUUGCCACGGUGCUGGAGGACGGUGAAUUAGCCACUUCGAUGUCAGGAACAAAACCGUACAUAGCACCAGAAAUUUACAUGUGCUCCUGCGAGGAGUACGGUGUCCUCGGCUACGGUUUCUCCGUGGAUUGGUGGAGCUUGGGAGUUCUCGCAUGGGAAACCCUCGCCGGGGAACGUCCUUAUCCUCUCUGCUCUACAACCACGCACAGAGAGGCUUUACAAAUCCUCCAGAAGGAAAAGCCUACACCAGCCGGAUGGAGUCCUCUGAUACGCGAGCUUCUCGAUAGGCUGUUAACUGUGGCGCCUGGCGCGCGUACUUCCACGCUGAAGGAACUAAAGCAGGUGACCGUGAUGAGGGAGCUUGACUUUGACAAGGUGUUGAACAAGCAGAUCAAGCCUCCGUUCACGCCGCCUAAGGAUCAUCUGAACUGUGACCCGACUUUCGAGCUCGAGGAGAUGAUCAUCGAGACGAAGCCGCUGCACAAGAAAAAGAAGCGUCUGGCGAAGCAAAGAUCUCUGAAAGUCGAUCAUCCACCGGAGGAGACGGCGAUAGGGCUGGUGGACGCCGCUGGACCAAGCAUGGAUUUCAGGAGAUUAGCAUUCAUCCCGGAGUACCGUGUGUACAAUCGCGAACGGGAGAUGGAGAGGCAAGAGAGAGAGAGAAAGGAGAAACAGUGGGAGAAAGAACUGAACACUGCCAUGAAGGGUGCCGAGGAAAGAUUGAAGAUAAAGCAGCAGCCAGCACAGCGAAGCGGAAACCGGCUGACAGUGUCGACGUCCAGCGUAAAGUCGCGUAUAAACGCGUCACCAAGGCAAGGAAGACGCGCGAGCACCGCGACGUCCUCGGACAUCGACUACAUCGACGCGAGUCCUGAACCCUCCACGUCGUAAAUUUCUCCUGGGUGAUUCCUCUUGGUGUACGGUACAGUGGGCGACAACCGAUAUUUUCAUAGGGGAAAUCCAUCGGCGAAAUUCAUCCCCCGGUCGUUCUACAAUUUAUAUAGACCAUUUCAGAUAUACAGAAAUUAUUCAUUCACGAUAUCUAGUGUUUCUCUGAACACGACGAUGAAUUUCUUCGGUGAACUUCAACGAAGAAAUGUUAUUUCUUUCGGGAGCCAAUGUGAUACU